ACUUCAUUUUGAUUGGUUUUUAAAACUUGUUUACGUUAGAAAUUGUGAUUUCAAAUGUAAUGUGAUUGACAGCACGCAAUUAAAGUUGUCAGUGAAGUUUUCGUAAAUUUGUUACAAUGGUGCGAUAUGCUGCACUUAAAGGUUUAUACGAUUUGGAAAAGACUAUUGGAAGUGGAGGUUUUGCAAAAGUUAAACUUGCCACGCAUAUCGCAACCGGUGAAAAAGUUGCUAUUAAAAUCAUGGAUAAAACAGCGUUAGGCGAUGACUUACCAAGGGUUAAACUGGAGGUUGAAGCUUUAAAAACUUUGUUGCAUCAACAUAUAUGUAGAUUAUAUCAAGUAAUAGAAACAGACAGUCACUACUUUAUGGUAAUAGAAUAUUGCUCAGGUGGAGAGCUCUUUGAUCAUAUAGUUGAAAAAAAUAGGCUGAGUGAAACAGAAUCACGAAAAUUCUUUCGGCAAAUUGUUUCUGCAGUAGCUUAUUUACAUAGUUUAGGAUAUGCUCAUCGUGACUUAAAACCGGAAAAUGUUCUGCUCGAUAGGGAGGAAAAUUUGAAGCUUAUAGACUUUGGAUUAUGUGCUAAGCCAAAAAAUGGAAUUGAAUCACAUUUACAAACUUCUUGUGGCUCCCCAACAUAUGCUGCACCAGAACUUAUAUUAGGGAGAAAAUAUUUAGGUUCAGAAGUAGAUAUCUGGAGCAUGGGAGUCCUUCUUUAUGCAUUGCUCUGUGGUUUUCUACCUUUUGAUGAUAAUAGCAUAGAGAGCUUAUAUAGAAAAAUCCUUAGUGGCAAGUAUGAUGAACCAGGCUGGUUAUCAAGUAGUAGUAAAAGGCUGAUACGAGCAAUGUUACAAACAGAUCCAAAGAAAAGGAUUACUAUUCAGGAAUUGUGCAAUCAUCCGUGGAUUACAGCAGGAUUUCUUAAUCCUGUCUCUUUUGCUCAUAAGACUAAUUUUGAAAAAGACGAUGAUGUGCUAAGUACUAUGUCUGCAAUAUGUAGUGAACAUACUUCAGAAAUAUGGAAAAAACUUGUAAAAAGCGAUAGGACUGAUUACAGAACUGCCACAUAUCUUUUACUCUUAGAUAGGAAACUUCGUGGCCUUUCACUUAGGAUAUCAUCUUCUGCAAAGUCUCAGUUUAGAUCCGAGUGUGAGGGAGGACUCAAUAUCUUAACUAAACUUAAUUAUUCUCCAAGAAGUAAACCUGGUAAGAAGUCACCAGUAGUGGACACCACAUACAAUGUUUUACCAAAAACACCUGAAACUGCGAACAAUUUUAUGGAACCACAUGUACCUGGUAGAAAACGGCUUCGCAGUAAAGAAGUAGACGAUGCGUACUCUCCUGUUCCUGCAAAAAGAGUUGCAGAGAAAGAUAGGCUUCUUUCUACUCCAACUCAUACGCCGAUAUCCGAUUCAAAGGGAUCUCAAUCAUCUACACCAGGAAGCGCAAGGAAAGUAAUGAUGGGUUUGGAACGAGGUCUAAAUCGUGUUCGCUGUGUUCUUACGCCUAAGAGGCGCGUUAAAAAUGAAAAUACUGAUCCGGAUCAACCAAACAUACUCUCUGGAAAAGGUCUUUAUAACGUAUCAUCGACAUCCAGCGACGAUCCAAAAUAUGUUCUGUCGCAAUUACGUCGGGCACUUCGUCGUAAAGGAAUUAUGUGUCAUCAAAAAGGAUUUAUUCUUCAAGGAGAAACAGAAGAUUGUACAGAUGAUGAUAGAGAUACGGUACGGCCAUUUUCAUCUAGGAAUGCCUGCUCCUUCGAGUUGGAAGUCUGCUUAUUGGAGGGCGUUUCAGACGAUAAAUUAGUCGGUAUUAGAAGGAAAAGAUUAAAGGGUAACGCGUGGGUGUAUAAACGAGUAUGCGAAGAAGUUCUUGCUCUGGCAGCUGAGGAUCUCUCCGCGGAACCGGAAGGCUCCACGGAAUCAAAAUGUCCGAUUUAAAGUCUUCCUACAAUUUGUUAACGAACAGGACUGUUCUGAUCUCCAUUAUGUUAAAUAGAUUUUUAUACGCAGCGUAAAUAUAAAAAAUAACUAUCGCAUGUACACUUCCGACAAAUACGUUUGCGACAGCUUCAAAUCAGUAACAUAUCUUUAUACGUCUGUAAAGUAUAUUUUCUUGGUAGAAGAAAUAAUUAUAGGAGAAAUAUUACGUCCACGUAAAACUUAACAGUAAAUAUUUCUCUACAUAUAUCUAUAAUUCUGAUUAAAAUUAGGAUUAAUUAAUCGUGUAAUAUUGUUAUAUAUUUAGGGUCAGGUAAAUUAUAAUAUAAUUUUCUACGGUUAGUAUAGCAUUACAGCAAUAAAAUAUAUUUUAUAAACGGAGAGCUGCGAUCUCCGAAACAAAGGACAAUUAAUACGAAAAUAUAUAUAUUUUCACAAAUAAAUGUUUUAACCCAUUUAGUUCUUUAAGGAUCCCUUCGGUUAAAAAUUCAUGUCGGAAACAGUCUCAUAGUACAAAGAAACUCUUUACAAAAGACUGUUACCAGCCCUUUCUGCCGGAAUAUGUAAAGCUCCAUUUUGCGCUCACUUCGCGGAUAUAAAAUAUCGCGGCUCGUUUGAACCAUCUGUUCUCGGCAUGGACAAGCGAAGUUAUAAAAUCACCACAAAUCGAUCAGCAUAAAAUGGAGCCGCGCGUGCACUUUGUUUUAUGGCAACCGACCUUUUAUCUUUGCCCGCUCACAUAAUCGCCGACCCACGGCCGUAUUCUCGGCGAAGUUCGAUCGGUUCGGUCCUUUUUCUUGGACAUCGAUCGAAACAAAGCCAGAUGCUCAGACAAUUGAGCUGUUCUCUUGAAUAGUAGCGAAGUCGAGAAUAAAGGAAUGUUCAGUUUUUCUUUCAAGGAUCUGGGCUGUUAUAUUGAAUAGAGUGAUGUACAUAUUAGAUUGUUAGAUUAGACUGUUAGAUUAUAAGCAAUGUUACUAUUAAAUUAUGAGCAAUGUACUUACUGUAAAAUUAUAAGUAAUGUAUUUACUAUAAGAUUGUAAGCAGUGUACUUGCUAUAUGAUUAUAAGCAAUGUACUUGCUACAUGAUUAUAAGCAAUGUACUUGCUAUAAGAUUAUAAGCAAUGUACUUGCUAUAAUAUUAUAAGCAAUAUACUUACUAUAACAUUAUAAGCAAAGUACCUACUAUAAGAUUACAAGCAAUGUACUUACUAUAAGAUUACAAGCAAUGUACUUACUAUAAGAUUGUAAGCAAUGUACUUGCUAUAAUAUUAUAAGCAAUGUACUUGCUAUAAUAUUAUAAGCAAUGUACUUGCUAUAAGACUAUAAGCAAUGUACUUACUAUAAGGUUGUAAGCAAUGUACUUGCUAUAUUAUUAUAAGCAAUGUACUUGCUAUAAUAUUAUAAGCAAUGUACUUACUAUAAGAUUAUAAGCAAUGUAUUUACUAUAAGAUUGUAAGCAAUGUACUUGCUAUAAGAUUAUAAGCAAUGUACUUACUAUAAUAUUAUAAGUACAAAAUCAAAUAUUGAUUUAACCUAAAUGCAGUAUAAUGUAAAUAGGAUUGAAAGGUAUUUUGCAUAAUUAUAACACUUCUGAGAAUAAGAAAAUGGCGACAACCGUGAUGAAUAGUAACAAGUAGUAAUACUAAUGCGUUGCACGCAUUAGUGUUAGAUUAAUUAAACACGUUAUUUCGUUAAAUUGAUGAAACGGCGCGAAGACAAAAAGCAAGGACAGCCGUAUAAAUGAAGCAACCGUGCAAGAUGUAAACCUAAGUCAUCCGGGCAUAAAUUACAAUUAACCGUAGCACAUAGGUGCACUUGCGUGAGCGCAUGCACGUGCAGCUUACGGUAUUAAAUUCAUCUUGUAUUUUAUCGAGAACGAUGAAUAACGUUGGGCUACCACAGGAUAAGGCGUCCAGGCCCCAUGAACGACUUUUAUAUAUCUCGUACAAUCGGAGAUAUUUGCAGACUAAUAAUUAAGCUGUCUAACGAUUAUUACGAUGCGAUUUGCAUAACGAAGGGCUCGCGGUAACGUGUAAUUUCUGGAGGAAGGAUAUUCUAAAAGGUUCUAUUUAUGACAUCCUUCGAAAAAGGAAAACCUGUCUUGAAAAUACAUUACGGGACGAAUCUUAUUCUCUUAUCACUUCGUGUAUUGUAAAUUGAAUUUAAUUAUCUUGUUC